ACUCGGGGACGGUGUAAGAAGCGACAUGGCGUCGGAGGAACGUCGCGCAGCGCGACGAAGCGGUCUGCGCCUGGUUACCGGGCCCCGAUUGGUCCACGUUUGGUACCUACCCCGCUGGAAGGGGUUCCCCAGCGGCGCGGGGUAGUGGUGGCGGUCAGGUCAUCACCGAGGGUUGGAACAAGAAGGCAGGAGCAGAGGGUACUUGGGCCUCGGCCGGAGAAACGAGACCGCUCGCGACGUGUCACGAAACGAGCCACAAAACGACGACUGAUGGCAGGCCGGCUAGUUAGUUUGCUCUUCUUCGUUCUUCUGAUAUAUCUGGCACGAUUGCUGCAGCGUAAUCGCGAGGCGCUGAAGGCCGCGUCGUAAAGUGGCCGCGGACCAAACGGGAGGCUCUUCGCUCUUGGGCAUCUUAGUGAUCUUGGACAGUCAAAGCGACCAAGAUGAUGAAGCAGCAACAGGGCCUGGUGGCCGAUCUCAUGCCCAACAUAAGGGUCAUGAAGAUCUUCGGGCACUUCGUAUUCAACUAUUACGACGACAAUUCGUCCAAAUACCUACACAAAGUGUACUGCUGCGUAAAUCUAUUUCUGCUGCUGUUGCAAUUCGGCCUGUGCGCGGUGAAUCUGAUCAUCGAGAGCGCCGACGUCGACGAUCUCACGGCCAACACGAUCACCCUCCUCUUCUUCACGCACAGCAUCGUCAAGAUCGUUUACUUCGCCAUUAGGAGCAAGUACUUCUACAGAACGUGGGCGAUAUGGAACAAUCCGAAUUCCCACCCGCUCUUUGCCGAGAGCAAUGCGAGAUACCACGCGAUCGCCCUCAAGAAGAUGAGGCUGCUGCUCUUCUUGGUCGGCGCCACCACCGUGCUCGCCGCGGUAGCUUGGACCACUCUCACGUUCUUCGAGCAUCCGAUCAGAAAACUCGUGGAUCCGGUCACGAACGAGACGACAAUUAUCCAGUUGCCGCAACUGCUGGUCCGUUCGUUCUAUCCGUUCAACGCCGGCAAGGGAAUAACGCAUAUAUUGAUACUCAUAUACCAAUUAUAUUGGGUGCUCUUCAUGCUCAUUAACGCCAAUUCGUUGGACGUUCUCUUCUGUUCAUGGCUGUUGUUCGCCUGCGAACAAUUGCAGCAUUUGAAACAGAUCAUGAAACCCCUGAUGGAGCUGAGCGCAACUUUGGACACGGUGGUUCCGAACAGCAGUGAGCUCUUCAAGGCUGGUAGCGCGGAUCAUCUGCGUGAAUCAGACAAUCAGCCGCCACCGCCGAUACCGCCCCAAGGCGACAGUAUGCUGGAUCUCGAUCUUCGUAACAUAUACAGCAAUCGGCAGGACUUCACGGCGACCUUCCGGCCAACCGCCGGUAUGACCUUCAAUGGUGGCGUAGGACCGAACGGAUUAACGAAGAAGCAAGAGAUGCUCGUGAGGAGCGCCAUCAAGUACUGGGUGGAGAGACACAAGCAUAUCGUCAGAUUGGUCACCGCGGUCGGAGAUGCAUACGGUUUCGCGCUUCUGCUCCACAUGCUGACGACGACCAUCACUUUGACGCUGCUCGCCUACCAAGCGACGAAGGUGAACGGUAUAAACGUAUACGCGGCCUCCACGAUCGGCUACGUGCUCUACACGUUCGGCCAGGUCUUUUUGUUCUGCAUUUUCGGGAAUCGUCUGAUUGAAGAGAGCACCUCGGUGAUGGAGGCGGCUUAUUCUUGCCACUGGUACGAUGGGUCGGAGGAAGCUAAGACGUUUGUGCAGAUCGUGUGUCAACAAUGUCAGAAAGCUAUGUCAAUAUCGGGGGCGAAGUUCUUCACGGUGUCCCUAGAUCUCUUCGCUUCGGUACUGGGAGCCGUGGUGACUUACUUCAUGGUGUUGGUGCAACUGAAGUGAACGCUCGGCUCCAGACGCGAAUGCAGUCUCGCGCGUUGCACAGCGGCGUGCAAGAUUAUAUUUUUUAACGUGUUUACAAGGGAUCAAACGGAGCGAUCGUGUCGCGAGGAUUCUCGCGGGGAGAAUCCGGCGUCUUCACGGGCGCCUAGCAAAGUAUUGAGAAUCACGAGAUUGGAAAAUCAUGAAAAGCUACGUCGCUCGGAACGGAGUUUGAGCGAUGAAAAUGAUAGAAAUUAUUUUUACCGUCACUCAAGAGAUCGAUCGGCGAUAAAACCUAAAUAUAUCCUUUUUAUUUCAUUUGUUAUCGAGAUUAACGAGCGGUGGGAGCACCUUUCUUUCGUUAAAGUGUAAAUUUUAGCGCGUAGCUCUCUGUAUAAUUUUUCUCUCCACGUUUAUUGUGCAAAUAUAGCGACAGCAAGGGAUAACGGCAAUGUAAGCACUCGUCGCGAUUAAUUUUCAUGCACAUUAAUUAUAAGUCGUAAUGCUUAACGGGGAAGAUAUACGCUAAUGUCAUUCGAGGUACACGCCGCGGCGGCUCGUACCGAUUGUCGUACGAUCGAUGGAACGUACAUUAACGAACGGAGACGGAGGGAAGCUUAUUGCCUUUGUUUUAGUCGUCCAGCAAAAUUGCCUUGUUACGUUCUCAGACAUAUUCUAUAUAUUUUAAAAAUCCCGUGUGGCGGAUUAAGUGGCGCGUGUACAUUGACGAAGCGUCCUAACAGAGCGUGUAAAUAUAAGCUGUAAUUGUAUAAGAGGUGAGAUUAUCUUUUUUUUUUU